AUGGCACUUCCAUCGUUUGAGAUUGUUAUCUACGGUCUUCUGAACUCUGAUGAGUAUCAAAAGGCUAAAAAUUGCCUAGAAGAUCUCAUACGCACACACGCGAAACAGAUUGCCCAUUCGGAACUUCAUCCAUUACUCGAAUAUGAUUGGAAUUCGUUUGUUCGUAAGAAACGUACCGAACUACGUGGUGAAACAUGGUCAUUCAAUGAUAAUUGUAUGGUUUUCAUCGAUAAAAAACUACAUGGAAAUGCCGAUCAAUUCCGUGAUUGGGCCAAGAGAACGUUUGAUCAUGUCGAUUUUCGUGAGAGCGAUCUGCUAGAUAUAUUCUCCAGCGAAGAAUAUAAACAACGGUAUGAACAUCAUGUUGGCAAAAACAGCUUUUGUUUUAUGGAUUUUCAAAUUGAAAAUCGAGAAACUUCGCAGAAAUCGUAUAUUGGCCGUUUAGUCUUCGAAUUGUUCGAUGAACAAGUGCCUGAAACAUGCGCAAACUUUCGAGCGCUGUGCACAGGCGAAAAGGGUCAAAGUGAAAAGACUGGUACCGUACUUCAUUACAAAGAGUCCAUCAUACAUCGUAUUGUACCAAACGGUUGGAUCCAAGGUGGAGAUAUUCGAGGUGGUCGAGGUAACGGUGGCGAAUCGAUUUAUGGUGAAACAUUUCACGACGAAGCGUUUAUUGUUGAACAUAAUCAACGCGGUAUUCUCGGUAUGGCGAAUAAGGGCCAUCGACAUUCGAACGGCAGUCAAUUUUAUAUAACCUUAUCGGACACGUGUCAAUGGAUGAACAAACGUUUUGUAGCUUUUGGUCGUGUUGUCGAAGGUUUCGAUACAUUGGAUAAACUCGAACGUAUGAGAACGAUUAAUCAACGGCCUGUGGAAGUUAUUCAUAUCUCCAAUUGUGACGUUUUUCAAGUAGAUGAAGAUUGA